CGAAAUGGCCACAGAUACCGGUAGAUCUACGUUCAAGCAUGCAAUCACAAAGGAAUAAAUUUGUCCUGUGUGCAGAGCCAGAAGGAACAGUAGCUACGGUGUUCGUACAUCUCGGACAUGGAUCAGGCCGACACGUCGCGGACUAGGGUCUCUCCAACAGUAUCGUUGGUAGGUGGUAGAGGAAUUCUGAAAAGUAUAGCUUAUACUAUAAGUUAUAGGUGAGCAUAGCGAGCUGUUCACGGUUUGUCUCGAACAUCUAGUAGUGUAUUCGUAUAUGCCAGCAAUAGUGUUCCUUCAACACUAACGCGUACAUGUAGAUAAUCCAGUAGGUCACUCGGGAAACCAUGGCCGAUGAGGAGCCACCUAUACUAGCCGAUGCCCUAGGCGACUGGUUUGUGACCUUGAGUGGAAAGUGGCGGAGCUGGCGGAGCACUAGCAAUGGUCAUCAACUAUUGCAGUCACGUGGCGAGCAGGAGAAUGGAAGAAGUCAUGAGUGCAGUAAUACGACCACUGAUGGAAUUGGGAAUGAGAACGUCAGUGAUACGUGCCUGCAACGACCCUGUAGAAGUGAUCACGAUGCCAAUAGCGAGCACAAUGACCCCUCUCGUGCACACCCGCGCAGAAAGAACGGAUUGAAAGUAUUGACGGCCGCGGAGAAGCGUGAUGCGCGGACGCACGCCAGGAACUGCUUCGUGGCCCUGAUCUCGCUGACGUCCGUUCUGACGGCGUUUUUCGGCCUGCAAGCUCUGGAGAGUUCGAUCAACUCCGACGGCGGACUCGGGCAGGCGUGCGUAGCCCUGACGUACUUCCCGUCGAUUCUCAGCGUCACGUUCCUAUCGCCGUUCCUGAUUCGCCGGCUUGGCGUGCAGCGCGUCUUUCGGCUCUCCCUCUUCUCCUACUUGCCGUUCACCGCUGCACAUUUCCACGUCAUCCCUGGCGUGCUCCUCUCCGUCUGUGGAUUUCUGGGUUUGUUUAACAUGAUGUUAGGUGUAUCGGCCACCGUACUUGUGACGUGUAGCGCUAUCGACUACGCGGCCAUAUACGGCAUCAGCCCGGACCGCGUCAUGCCGCGCUUCAGUAGCAUCCUGUACGUGGGCCUGGUCACGGCGUACGUGACCGGACCCUCCAUAUCGUCCCUGGUGCUACACAAUCCACCGCGAGCGUACGGCAACGGCUCUGCGUCCACGUACCAAUGCCAUGACAUAGACGAAACGUUGGUUCUGAAGCAGAAGGAUCGCUAUCUGCUGCUAUCUAUCUACCUUGUUCUGAUAGUUGUGGGGAUUCUCAACUCGUUUCGGUUGCGUUCUGUUUCCUCGACUGCAAUCAAGGCCAGACUGGCAUCGGCCACGGCGUGUGAUCAAAUCACAGCUACCCUUCGUCUUAUUGGUAACAUUGAUCUUCUACUGCUCAUACCAAUAUUCUUCGGAAGUGGGCUACAAAAAGCGUACAUGGCAUCGGAUUUCACAUCGUUCUUCAUUACCCCAUGUCUCGGUGUUGCUUACGUCGGCUACAGCAUAGCAUGUAUGGGUGCAGCCAAUCUCUGCACGACCAUGGUCUUGCCUAGUGUCAUGAAGCAUGUCAACCGUGCUGUUCUAGUGAUGGGUGCCACUGUCGUUCAGUCUUCAAUUCUCGCAUUUCUCAUCUUCUGGCACCGCACACGCAGCGCACCUCUGCUCUACAGUUUGGCUGUCGCCUGGGGUGCCGCCGAUGCCACCUGGAAUAUAUCCACGUGUGUCAUGAUCGGCAUUGCCUUUCCCAGAGACCAAGAGGCGGCCAGCUCAAACUUCCGAGUGUGGCAGGGCCUCGGACUGUCGCUCGGCGCCCUCUAUAGCCAGCGAAUAGGCAAGUGCGUGCCACAGAUGCGUAUCAAGCUAGGCUACAUACUGAUGUAUUCCGUAUUGGCUGCUCUUACAUACGCUUUUGUUGAGCUGAGGCAGAGAAGGCGGCACCAGGCGCAGUGUGUCCGUAAGAAGCAAGGCACCACUCUUGAACUGGCUCGCUUGGACAAUAUGCACACAGACGCCUAACCCUAUCUCCAGAGUAUAUUCAAAAUUCUGAAAUAGCCCGACCACAAUAAUACUGAAGUUGGUUGUUCCAACGAGGAACACUUGCUUCUUGCCGAACUUGACACUUGAUUGACUCACGACUGCCAUCCUGAGCACACGCAGUCUCUCUUCACAAUUCACAAUAUUAAUAAUAAAAUAUAAUAA